CCUCGCCUCUCCGGGACGGAGGCCACCGCGGCGGCGGCGCAGUGAGCAUGAUGUACCGUUUGGGCAGAGCUCUGUCGGGAUUAUUGGAACGUGUGUUUGAACGCAGCCGCAGCCCUGCCUGGUAACCCCAGUCCUCCGAGCUUGGCCUCAGGCCGUGCACUGGGACUCAGAUCCUGCAUGGCGCAAGGAGUCUCCUGAGGUCCCUGUGGAAAAGGAAGAGCUCGUCAGCUCGCAGCAGGUGGCGGUUCUUGCACGGAUGUCACUGGGCUCCACGCUGGUCCACACUCGGCAGACGGAGAGUGGCUGUCAAAGGUUUCAUCUGGCCCGUCUGUAAAACCGAAACAGUCACGUUUCUAUUAUCCAAUGACCUGAACUUGUGCAGAAGCUUCCACAUUAUCCUUGCGGUGUCUCCAAGUCACUACUAUCUAGACAGGGCUCGAUGUGUGCACUUUGGGGACCCAGCAGGUGACUGGAGCUGGCCCAGUGCUGGGUGUCAGGAGCUGUGUCUGUUCCCACCCAGAGGGCCCAGGCCAGGAAGCAGCACAGCCAACUCCAUGGAGGGGAGAAGCAGCUCUGAGCCACAGCCAGACGUCGGACGCCUCCUGAGACCUGGGCCUUGCCCUCGGGGAGAUAGAGCAGGCAGCCUGGUGGCCUCUCAGCCUCCCGGGGCACGGAGGGUACAAUGCCAAGGCCCCUCUGUGCUGGAGUCCAAGGUGAGGGCUUUGAAGGAGAAGAUGGCAGGAGGUCAGCGGGGGGCAAACCCUUGCCCUGCCCCCUGUGAGCAGUCGUCGCCCAAGAAACCGUCCUGCAGACAGGUGCAGGCAGGCGGAGGAGGAGCCCCCUCAGAGGGGUCCACUCUGCCAGAUGCUGUGGCGACCCUCCAAGCUCGGAACCUGACCGACGUACAGCCAGACAGUGGUGUCGGUGAGGCGGGGCUUGCCAGGAACGGGGACCCCGUGCCUCCCAGGCCUCCUGACCCUGAGCUCGAGUGCCGGAACAGAGGGAGCCCAUGGCUUUCGGAAGCAGAAUGGACAGCGUCUGACCAUGCAGGGGGUCUGCCAACAGGGCCUGGUGUGGUGCAAGAGAGCCCUUUGCACGGAGUCAGCCCCGGCCAGCCUGGGGCUGUUGGUCCUUCCAGGAAAGCCUCCCACGUGCCCCACCUGAAGAAAGGGAAGUCGUGUCCCCUGGUCGCAGGGGCACCCCUGGACAGCGCAUCCCUGAUGUCAGAGGAGGGCUUUGUCCCCAGGGCAACCCUGCUGGAGGGGCUCUGGAGAGCCGGAGACCCAGGGGCUCUGAGCACAGGGGGCCAUGCCUUGUCCUUGUCUGGCCAGGUGGAGAGGAACCGCCUGCUGCUGCAGGAGACACUGAGUGCCUCAGGGCCGCGCCCCCUGCAGGCGGGAGCUGCAGCCUGGACGGCGUCCCGGGGCAGAGCUGCGCCAGAGCGACCAGCGGGGGACGAGGACGGGGACCCUGGCUUCUCCCUGCAGGACUCAGACAAGAACGGGGCCUUUGGUCCCAGGCUGGAGCCCGCACUGAGCCCCUGGCAUGAGGAAGCCAAGCGUGUGCUGCAGGGCACCCGGAUGAAGGCCAGGACCCGGCCCCUGCGUGCCAGCCAUGACAUUGUGCUCACCAACGCUCAGGGCAGCCGAGAUGGCCAGGGCAGCCCUACCCCGGAGCCCAGGAUGACCUCCUCCUGCAGCCACAGCCUCAGCCAUGCGAGUGCUCCCCAGCCCAGGUGGGGCCCCUCCCUGGCUCACGUGCGCUUUGAGGACGAGUCUGCCUGUGAGGCCGAGUUCCGCUACCUGGAGCGGUUACAGGAGCGCCAGCGCCAAGUACUGAGCACAGUGCUACAGGCCAUGGACCAGCGUGCCCUGCGCUCGAAGCCAGACCUCACUGACUACAUUGCGGGGGGCCUCCGGCUCCAGGACGCAAGGCCUGUGGGCAGCCGGAGGAAGUGCUCAGCCUGGGGUUCCUACACGGGGCGCCCAUGCCCUGCUGAGGGGAAGGCCCUUCCCAACAGGGGGGUCCCCCAGGAGCUCCACGCUGCCAGUCAGUGGGGCCUGAGCGCCCCUCUGUUCCUGUCUGCUGAGCCAGGGUUCCAUGGGGGCUGGAUCCGAGAAACACACAUUGGAAGCAUCCCGGACCCCAAGGGCCAGGACCCUGCCCUGGACAGCUGUCGGCUCAGAAGCGAGGAGGUGGGGAAGCCCUGGCCCAGCAGUGCCUGUGAAUGGCACCGCGGCGGCCUGGAGGGGCCCGGCAGGGCGGAGGUGGAACUGCCCCUGGGCUUCCAGUCCCGGCCUCACCGGAGCGGGGCUGCAGAUGUGGACGUCGGGGAGGAGGGAGCAGGCGGAGGGCGCUUGUCUGAGGGGACCUUGUUCCUGAGAGAAGAGGCUGUCCCUGAGCCUGCCCUGGCACCUGAGGGGGCUUCUCUGGGGCCCCACAGACAGCCUGGGCCGGGGCUGGGAAGUCACCAGGCCCACCCUGCGGCCUCCGGGGCUCCGUGGAGGACAGGCCGUGGGUCCGGCAGCCAAGCCCAAACAAACCGCAACUCUCUGGAAAUUGUUCCCUGUUUGUCCCCGCCCCAGAGCUGCACAGAGCCCUGUGCCCCUCACCACGUCCUGCGGCCAGCCCCUCCCUCGUCAAGGAGAACCCCCACCCCUCCAUCUCGCAGGAGAACAGUACCAGCUGUGCACCUGCCUCCAGCUCCUUCCAGAAGAGAGGCUGUCAGGACCUGCGAGCCAAGCCCACCACCACAGGCCCAGCCCUGCAGCCCCCUGGGCCAGUACCCUCUGCUGGCCCCAGCCCCCAGCAGCUGUGGCAGUGGCCCAUCUGGGGGGCCGCAGGAACCUUGCGAGGGCAGACUGGAGGAACACCCUCGCGGCUGGGAGCCAGAGCCAGCCCCGGACAGUGAUGGACAUGCAGACAUCACCGUCCACGCCACUGGCAUCACCAUCUCCUUGGCCUCGGAGCCAGAAUCCAGCCAGGAACCAGAGGGGGCCCUGCAGACGACACAGUUGCAUUCCACAGGAUGUGUGCUGCCCCAGGCAUCACCAGAGGCCAGUGCAGCACCUGACCCAGCCUCAGCCACGACUUCUAGCAGGAACAGGAAAAGGGGCAGCAGCCUUGUGUCCAGCCUGGGACUGAGAAAGUUCUUCUCCACUCUGGGUCAGAGCGCUCGGCCCAAGCUGGCCACAUCCUGCAGCCGCAGCGUGGAGCAGCUGCACCCUGCUGUGCCGGCCACAGCACCGCACUCCAGCACCCCUGGAGCAAGGAGAGCCCCAUCGCUGCAGGCUCUGCACGUGGGCUCACCUUGGCACCAGCAUCGCAGAGCUGCCUCCUUCCACAGCCUCCAUGCCCUGCUGAGCGGCAAGGGGGACCGGUCCAGCCUCUACCUGGUAGCAGAGCCGGGGGGCCACGGAGUGGCUGGCAGCACAGCCAGGGCCCCGCCCCGGCGUGCCCUCAGCGUGGAGGACGUGGGCGCCCCCAGCCUGGCUCGCACCGUGGGCCGCGUGGUGGAGGUGUUCCCGGAUGGCACGAGCCAGCUACAGCUGCAGCGCUCCCCGGACGGCACUUUUGGCUUCUGUGUGGCCUCUGGGAACGGGCGCCGGGACUCAGGGUUCUACGUGCAGGCCAUGGCUGACCUGAACACGGCCAAGCUGUACUCAGGGCUUCUGGGGGUGGGCGACGAAAUCCUGGAGGUGAACGGGGCCAAGGUUGCGGGGCUGGGCUUGCCUCUCGUGGAGGAGCUGCUGGCCCACGCAGAGAGCUUGUCCAUGCGUGUCUUGCGGCAGAGGCCCGGCCCACGGUGACACGGAAGUGCUGCUGCCCAGAGCUGAUCUAUCAACAAAACAGGUCACAGUGGCACUGGCCCCUGGGGCUGUGGUAGGGCAUUUGAUUGAUCACCUUAGGGAGAGGCAAGGAGACUGCAUUGAAAACCUAAGGCCAUGAGUUUAUGUAGCACUGGGUAAAAACUAUGGGUCUCCUCCCAUGCCAAAGCGGUGUCAACUUCUGUGAGUUCUUGAUCCUUCCCUGCAGAGGAGUCCGGGGUACUCCCUGGCUCCCGAGUCUCACAUCAGGCCCAGUCCCUGACAGGGGCUCCCCCAGCCCCACAGAAACAUGCAGUGUGCGGACACAUGGGCUCGAGUCCACUGCACACUCUGGCUCCUUAUCCCCAGGUGAGCAGAGUCCUGGAGGCCCGGUCUCCAGUCCCCUAGCCCUGCUGGGUGUGGCAACAGCUAGCAGCAUUACCUGGCGCCUAGAAUGCUCAGGAUUUCUAGGACAUUUGAAUGCGAGAGACCAAUUUCAGGGAAGUAGAGAUGUAGCGGCUGGGAUCCCAUCUGCAGACCCAGCCAGGCCGGCCGCCCCACCCCGCACUCUGCCUCUGCCUCUGUCGUUGCCAUGCAGGGCUGGAGCUGCUUCCCUGUCCCCAGCUGCACCUCUUGGUGGCAGCUCUCAGUGGGCACGUGGGCAGUAGGGAGUCAGGACUGCUGGGAGCAGACCCCACGUGCCAACCUUAAACCAUUAUGAAGCGAAGCUGCAGCUCCUGCCACGCCGUCUGGCAUCCCUCUAGCUGGCCACAACUGAGGACCAGCCGAAGCCCUUAGGUUGGGGUGCCACUUGCCAGUGCCAGCUGCCUUGGGCAGAACAGGGUUGAGGGGUCACCGGUAGCUUCCACAGGCCUUUGUAGCAGGAGCCCCUUGAGCCCCCUCCUGGAGGCCAGGGGUGAGAGGGAAGGGCUCUCAGAGCCCCACCACCCACAGGAAGGGGUGGGGGAAGAUGUCGUCAGGAGGGUCUCACCGCCAGGCACCCUGGACACCCGCCUGCCCCCACAAGGCACAGAGCAGCCUCUCUGACCAGGAAACCACAAGUGUGUGGGAUCCCUGGCAGCUCCUGCACCCCAACGCCUGGCCUUAACGUCACAAAACUGGAGAAAUUUCACAAUGAGACAAGAGGGACCCUUGUUUUCUCUGUAUGAUAAAGACCUGCCCUCCCGGCUGGGGAGAAUGGAAACCAGGCUAAAUCCCGGAGCACCGAGCCUCUGCACCCCGCCUACCAGGGCUGGGCCAGGCUCUAGACGUCUCCGGUCCUUACAGAUCACGCCAGUGAUGUCUGCUCACGGCAAGGGGAGGGCACUCAGACCCUGCUCUCCCUCAGGUCAGAAGACAGCUGCUACAGGGGAAGAGGGUAGGUGGCACAGGGUGGUGCAGACCCUGCCCUCUGGACCAGAAUCAAACUGCCAGGGCCAGAGGUGCCCCUUGGGGCUCCCCAGCUCCCCACGAGGUCCUGGCUGGUAUGCACGGAACCGUGCUUGGCCUCAGCCCCUGUUUCGCGUGGGCAGCUGCUGAGCUCAAACACGCACUCAGCCCUGCACACAGAACCACCAGGCCACUAACCAGCUUUUGCAGAUGACAAAGGUCCACCCCGCAAAGCAUCAGCACAGCACACUGCAGCCUGGGGCAGAGCACAGGGCUGGUGCCUGUUGUGGGGGGCCCGAGGGAAGACCCACUCCUGAUUGGCAGACGGGGGUGGGGUUUAGCCGUUCAACAGCCUCCUGCGAUUCGCAGAAGGCACCCAACAUUGCGACUUUCCGAAUAGAACAAAA